UGUAUUUAUAACUGACACCGAGAAAGAUCUGUCAUACAUUUUAGGUUAAUUUUAAAGAAACAGCAGUAUUUUGUAAUUUAUCAAUAAAUAAAGCAGUUUUUACAAGCUAUACUAAUUAUUAAAUAUAUCGUUUAUCAGAUCUUACUGUUAAGAACAACUGUCAUUUGUACUGUUGAUCUACAAUUUAAACACUAAAAAAUGUCAACCACGAUCAAUUUUACAGCCGAAGCAGCAAAAGCCGCAUUAGCAGACGUUUUAACCGCCCUUGAAGCACCGGAGAACGCACUAAAACUCGCUGCGGCAAAAAACAAUUCAGGAAAUGAAAUGCUCAAAACAAUGCAAUUCGUUUUUCCAACUGUCAUGCAAAUACAAACCGAAGUUAUUAAAAAAUAUGGAUUUCCCGAUGGAAGAGAAGGUGCUGUACAGUUUGCACAAUUCAUCAGGUCUUUAGAGAAAGAAGAUUCAGACGUAGCAAAGUUACAUGCACAAGUACGAGAUUACUUUCUUCCAGGUGCACCAGCCAAUUCUUCAACAGAUGCUUCUCUUUGAGAUUUGGAGAAUAAAAAUGAUUUUAUUAUUUUGAUGUAUUGUUAGGUUAUUGCUAAAGAUCCUGAACAAGAUAUCUUUCAGUUGUUCAAAAUAAGUAUCAUCUAAAAAUUUACUUUUUUUUUUAUAAAAAAAUUUUUUAAUUCUUGUUAAGCAGAAAUCUAUUCUAGAAAGCAUCAAAGUUCAAAAAAAGUUUUAUAAAUAUAAUGUCUUUACUGGACCAAUCAAAGUAAUAGUAAUGAUGAAUGUUUUGAUAGUAUUUCAAUACUUUUAUAAAGUUUUACACUUAUAUGAUAUUUUAUAGUGAAAUAUAUUGAAAAAUGAAUAUCAAAAUUGUUAUAUGUAAUUUUAAAAAAUUGCUUUGAAUUUUUAAAAUUAUUGGAAGAUUUUUGUAGAAUUCAUUAGUUCAUUAUUAUAGUUCUAUGUAAACCAUAUUAAGACUGCAUAAAGAAUUUAAAUUGUAUAGCAAUAUAGGCAGUGUCAAAAAUUUUUUUAAGUAUUCAAAUUUAUUGAAUUUUUUUUCUGAAACAUAUAUAAUCUCGUUUAUAUAAAUAAAUACAGAAAUAAUUAUCUUAUAAGAGCUUAGGCAAUCGUUUGUACAGUUAUCAUUAGUCAAUAGUUUUAUUUACUUAGCGUGUAAUAUACUUUUAGACUGUAAGUAUUUUCAAAAAAAUUGAUGGUGGAGAAAAAAUAUGUAUUUACUUACGUUGAUCAUUUGCAAUAACAUAUUUGAUGAAUGUGUGUAUUCUUAUAAGAAAUCAUCGAUAUAUUUUGCGGUAAUCUCUACUUAUUGUUUUAAUUAACCGCGUUAAAUAUUGCACGCUUGACAAAAAAUUAAUAAAAACAUCUGUACGUCAACGAUACAUUUUUUAAUAUUUUAAUAAUGCAGUAGAGAAAAUAAAUAAUUAAGAAAUAUAUAAUGGCCCUGUUUAUGGUUAUUUCCUGUUUCAUCUCCAAAUUCUCCCUGAACAUUUGGACAUUUCAUUAACAUUUAUUUACAGUACAACUUUUUGUAUCUGGUAAAAUUCUUGCAGAUAUCAUAUCUUUCUACUUGCUUUACAUGUAAGAUCUCGCAUAUCUUUUUUACGCGUAGUUGCAUUGUUGUUUCUUGAAUUCAAAUAUGAUUAUUUGUGAAUAUUUGCAAAUGCUCAUCGGCAAGCUAACCGAUAGACUCGGACAUCGGCCGUCAGACAUCUACCGUGGUGAUAAAAGAUAAUUCGAUUGUUUAUUAUAGUAAGUUGGCUGCGCCUGAUCUAGCCGCCCUGAAAGCAAACAUAACUUUUGUCCAAGAGUGAAUUUGUCAAUGCGUGCCGGCCCAAUCCUCCAUAUCUAACAUGCGCCCUCUCCAACCCGAAAAACUCAUUUACCCUCUUUCUCUCUCUUUCUACCCCUCACUACCUCUCACUCCUUUUCUUUACCGCUCUCUACCCCUCUCUUGCUACCUCUGUGAACAUAAAAAUUACCGUGGAAAUGGAAAACCAAUGAAAUUACGACGACGAUAAAAGAUACAUUAUUAUCAACAACGUGAAAUUGGUAGUUUAUUAGUGGCGGGAGGGGGGUGUUUGUAUAAUUAAUCUAUUAAUUUUUACAUCGAAACUGUUUAUACAAUUUACGCUGAUAUAUUUACAAAUGAUAGAGAUGGGGUAAAGGAAGGGCGUGGAAAGCUUAAUGGCGCGGUGAUUGAAGAGGGGAUGAUCCUCCCUGGCUAAUAGGACAGUAAGCGAGCGAGCCUCAAGUCACCCUUACCGUCACUCUAGCGCCAGACACGACUGCGAGAGGAUCGAUCUCCAAUGCACUUCGUCUUUUCACUUGAAUAUUUGCAUUGACCACAGCCAGCAUCACGGCAAGUGAUAAUAGUCUUUAUUAUCUUUAUUAUUUAGUGCGGAGCCUUUUUUUGCCUUUUUUUACUGUUCGAAAUGCCGUCGAGCAACCAGGAUCGGUACUAUACAAUCUUUUCUCCGCACCAACAAUAAAUAUAAUGAUUCCUUUUGCACGACGUACUGGUACCAUAAUUAAUCUUAUUGUAUCACGCGUCUACAAUUACAGCUCGUGCAAAAUCAGUGUAAUUUUGUGCGAAUUUUCACCGGGUCACUGCAUAGGCGGAAAAAGGAAAGAUGGAAGCCUGGCGUCUAUGUCUUCGAGUUAUAUCUUUUCAAAAUAUAAUAACACAAUGAAAUGGUAAUAAAAACAAAACAUACAUCAGUAUUAAGAGCAUUCAAUUGAUCACUAACCUGAAGACACAUUGAAUAUUUGCAAUCAAUUAGGAUGAUCACCAAAUACAUUAUCACCCUAAUAAUGCUAAAUCCAUGCUGAUCUAAAUAUUCGUUUUAUUUAGAAGCGGUUUCUUCCAUAUUCGAAUCAGCUCUUAUCUGAUUAAUUUUUUCUAGUUAAUCUUAAAUAACAUUAGAUCUAACCGAUUUGCAGCUUAUAGACAGUUCAAUGAAAAAACUAUAGAAUAAGAUAUGAAUAAUUCUAUGUAAAUGUAUAUGUAAAUAUUUUUUAUCAUUCUAUACCUUUAAGUAAAAUUAGUAAAUCAUCAAAAAAUACGUAAUGCCAAGUACUUUUAUGAAAGAAACGGGAAACUAUUGAUAUUGAUUUACGUAGUCAUCAAAAACAAGUUGAAUUGGCUACUUAAAAAAUUAUGGAAAAUGUUUCAAAACAUUUAAAUAAAUCUA